AUGCAGAACUUCGAUACCAUAUAUGGGUCUCCAUUCCCGAAGCUGAAUCCCAGAGUUCGCUACAAGACUGCCAUCGAGAGAGCGGGCUUCGACACAGCUAAGAACAAGAACAACAUGGCACCCAAUCUGCCACCGGGAAACGCUAAACAAACUGUUCCAAACAAUAAUGCAUCAGGAUAUUAUUCCACUUCUAAUCAUCGCACGCCGCCCGUCAAGUCGCCCUUGGCUCAUAAUUCCUCGCCUUAUACUCGACCAUACAUGCAAAAUACAGGUACCAAUGUUAAUUCAUCGUCGACACCCGUGUUAAGCCAAAUGAAUGGUUCUAACUUGAGUCUCAAUCAGAAUAACAACACAAGGAAAAACCAUUCAUCUUUACCGAAGAAUAAUAUUGAGAUGAAUACGCAAAAUAAUAAUAACACGAUUGCAGAAACUGAUAUGAACCCCAUUGAAAAAAGUUUCAUGAUGCUCACACAAAAUGAUAAAUCUUCCACUUUUGAUUUCGACAUGUCUGAAUCUGCCCAUCAUUCAGCUACAACUGGGACACGAACCUCAUCACCAUAUUCCAAUGAACAACAUGAAGAUGAAGUUGAUGACACGGAAAGUUUGAAUUUGGAACCAAAUGCAAGUUUAAAGAUUGAUUUACAACGAGAUGAAAAACCAUUAUUUUCACCGGUGCCUAUAUCAGAUGAAUCCUUCCCAAGGGAGCCUAGCGAACCCAAGCAGUAUCAUAAUUCUUUAAUUUACGAGGAAAAGACAAAUUCUCUUUAUAUUAGUCCUGAGAAAAAUGAAUUUCAAGCUAAUCAAUGGCAACAAUUACAACGAGAGAUCCCAUCAAAUCGUUCCUCUUGGAAAAAUGAUGGUACUAUACUUAGUGCAGCUACCACAACAAAUACAAAUUUACAUGUGGAACAAUUGAUUGCACAAUUAGAUGAUGUGUCCUAUUCCAGAAAUGAAGAAAUUGAAGAUACUUUACAACAAAAUCAAAACCAUCUAGGUACAGGACCAGCACAGCAUUUUAAAAAAUCAAGUGCAUAUCUCUCUGGUUAUCCACUGAUGUCACGUAACUACAUUAAUAAUAAUACUAAUCAAGACGAGCCGUCAUUACCUACAAUGCAGCAUUUAUCAAUAGACGAAUCACCAACAUCAUCCUCAGAUCCAUCUACAAAUGGUGGCACCCCAAUGUUCUAUAAAUUCAAUACAACAGAUACUCGUUUACCAAUUCCAUCCUCUCCAUUACAAUCACAUUCAUUCCCACCCACUAUUGAACGAUCAUUACUGGCAGAAAGAGAUACGUCUCAAACUCCAACACCUGUCCCACCAAAGAUAAAUACUUUUCCACCGGAGGAAUCACCUUCUAAAGGUUUAACUGUGGGAAAUGAUGAGAUUAGGAUAGAACCCAUGGAGCAAACAUUGAAGGAGAAGAAAUAUCCACCAGGGGAAGGUCCCUGCAGAAAUUGUGGAUUAGAAAUUCAUGGGAAGAAAAUAUUCUCCAAAAAUGAUAAUGAGUUAUCAGGGCAAUGGCAUAGAGAAUGUUUUAGAUGUGUGAAAUGUGAUAUCAAAUUUAAUAAAUCCAUACCAUGUUAUAUCCUUGAUGAUACUCCCUAUUGUCAACAGCAUUUCCAUGAGGAAAACAAUAGUAUAUGUAAGAUUUGUAAGAAAUUCAUCGAGGGAAAAUGUUUGGAGAAUGAUAAAUUGGAAAGAUUCCAUGUUCACUGUUUGAACUGUGCCAUUUGUCAUGAACAAAUAUAUGAUGAUUAUUAUAUCUUCAAUGGAGAACUUCCUCUAUGUUUGAAUCACGAUAUCGAUAAAUUGUUAAAAGAGGGGUUGACCGGAAAUAAUCUUGUGAUAGAGCCAGAUACUAAAAAUGAUAAGAUCGCUAAGAGAAGAACUAGAUUGAUAGAUUUUACUGAUUAA